AUGUUGCUUACCCCUCAACAAUUCAAUGAUCCUCGUUAUGGAUCACCAACAGAAAAAUAUUUGGCUUUAUUAGAAAAUACCCAUAUAACUUGUCGUGGAAAUAUAAUUUCAAAUCAACAACAACAACAACAACAACAACAAGAGCAACAAUCAACAGGAUCCUCACCAAAAUCACAAACAAUAAAAAAUUCAUCAAAUAAUAAAAAUAAUAAUAAUAAUACCUCACCAAGAAAAAAUAAAAAUAAAAAAUCACCAACAAUGAAUAGUUUCAAUAGUAAUAAAUUAUUUAAAAAAUCAUUAACAUCCUCUUCUGAUUCAUCCUCUGAUGAAUAUUCAGAGAGUGAAGAAGAAGAAGAGCAAGUAGAGGAGGAUGAAGAAAAUAGUGACGAAGGUGAUUUAAAUGAUAAAUCUACUAAAUUCCUUUCAAAUAACCAAAAAUCCAUUCAUGAACAAGAGGAUUUAGCAGAUGAUGAUUCUUCUGACUUAGAUAGUAACCACCACCAAGAGGAAGAAGACUAUUCAUUAACCUCUGAAGAGGAGGAAAUCUUAUCGGAUGAUGAAUCAACUGAUAAAUCAUCAUCAUCAGAGGAGGAGGAAGAUUCUGAAUCCGAGUCAGAAUCAGAAGAAGAAUCAGGAAAUGACUCAUCAUCAUCGGUAACAGAUGAAUCGGAUGAAGAAGAUCAUAAUAGAGAAUGGUCAAAUGUAAAUAGUAAUCUCAGCUUAAAAAAGAGUGUAUCAUCAAUACUUUUCAAGUUUACAGAUUGUGAUUCAACCAGUGAUUCAGAUGAGGAAAUGGAUAGUAGCAGUGGCCAAGAAGGUUCAUUCUCUGAUAAAGACAUUGAUGUUUUCGAUGACUCAUUCCUUCAAGUACCAACAUCUUACUCUAUCAAUAUCUCUCCCAGAAAAUCAUCUGAACAAUUAAAACAACAAAGUGGCGACUUUGAAGAGGUUGAUGGAGGUUACCUUGGCCAAAAACCACUCGUUUCCAAAAUAAAUGAAAACAAAUUUAAUAAUGGUUCUGUGGCUUCAUCUGAUGAUGAUGAUGAUGAACUUAACAAUGGCAACAACAAUAGAUACUAUGACGAUAGUGAAGAAGAGUUAAAUAGAGAGAUUGUAAAAAGAGAACAAGAGAAUGAUAAAAAAGUAUUGGUUGCAAUUAGAAAAUCAAUUAAUGGUAUAAACUCUGGUGAUAAUGAAAGUAUGGUGGAAAAACCAUGUUGGUAUGGUUUUGAAGAUGAUAAUCAUAUCAAGGUUAUCUUUCAACAUUAUUCUUCUUUCUUGCAAAUUGAUCAAGAGGUUAAACAUACAUUACGUGGCCCAAAACCUUUCAUUGGCAGAGUUCAUCGUAGAGCUAUCAAAUAUGAUGGUGGUGAGGUUGGUUGUAAAUUCACCACUUUGGACACUGUAAAAGUUUAUCGUUGGGAAAUUCAACCAAUUGGUAGACCCCUAAAUCUUUACAAAUCAUUUGUAUUAUUAACACGUUGGGAUGAAGAAAAUGGCUUACCUACCAAAUUUCAAAAGGUAAACUCUCUCUCAAACAAAGACUUUUGGGCAAAUGAAGCAAAAUCUUUAAAAUCCCAAAGUAAAAUCUCCUCUUACUUGUAUUGCUCACCAAUGUUUGAUACUGAUUUCACUUUUAAUUAUUCAAUUGACUCUGAAAAAUAUCCAGUUGAUUUCUUACCAAAUAGUCCAAUACUAUCAAGUAGAAGACAUCAUAAUCAUCAUCACCACAGUAAUAGUGAUGGUGGUUUUGAUCAUCAACAACAACAACAACAAAACCAUCACUCACCAAAACAAUAUCUUCAUCCUUUAACUAGUUUAAAUCGUAACAACAAAUUAUCAGAUUCUCAAUUGUUACCAUCAAUCAAAACACCAACUUUAUCAGUUGGUGGUAUAGUACCUCAAAGAAGAUCAAGUCAUCCUUCUCUUUUAUUAUCCUCACAUAUUUACUCUCAUUCAAUCACUUUUGGAUUUAAAGAUAAAUGUAAUAAUGAUUUAAAUUAA